AUGUCUAUGCAGGGUGGUGGCAUGGGACGUGGUAGUAUGGUCAGCGGUGGUAUGGGACGUGGUGGUAUGGUCGGCGGUGGUAUGGGAGGUGGUGGUAUGGUCAGCGGUGGUAUGACAGGCGGUGGAGGUGGUAUGGGACGUGGUGGUAUGGUCGGCGGUGGUAUGGGACGUGGUGGUAUGGCAGGCGGCAAUCCGGCUAUCAUUCGAGAAUUGGAAUCUGAUUUAUGGAUUGAAAAAAAUAUUCCUGGUGGAUUGAAUAGUCCACUGGGCGAAUAUUAUGAUAAUAUGAUGGGUGGAAAUCCAAAUCCAACAUGGGGUCAAGUUACUGGAGGUUAUCCUGGAGUAGGAGGUACUUUUGGAAUUGGAGGUUUUGAAGGAAUUGGAGGUAGUGGCGGUUAUGGUGGCGGUGCUGGUGGUGGUGCUGGUGGUGGAUAUGGAAAUUCAUAUGGUUAUUCAUAUCAAAGCUAUCAAACCUACUAA